AAGUAUUGUGUGAUUUAAUGGUAGAGGUGUUGGUGUUGUAAAUAAUAGGCGUUUCUUUGAUCCCAACAUAAAUUGCAUUUCAAUUGUUGUAUUAAAUUGUAUUGAAUUGAAGCGUCGGUUGAAGUGAUGGCGAGUCAAACACAAGGCAUUCAACAGCUGUUGACCGCCGAGAAGAGGGCGGCGGAAAAGGUACAGGAGGCGCGCAAACGGAAGGCCCGACGCCUGAAACAGGCCAAAGACGAGGCCAACCACGAGAUCGAGAAGUUUAAGGCCGAGCGGGAGAAGCAGUUCCGCGAUUAUGAACACAAACACAUGGGCUCCAGGGACGAUAUCGCGGCCAAAAUAGAGGCCGAGACCCGCAUCAAAAUGGAUGCCAUGAAUAAGACGGUCGGAACGGCUAAAGACAAAGUGAUUGAAGAC